UAGAAUAGACGGUGUGAAUGAAAAAUAUAUAUAAAAAAAAAAAGUUAUCGACGAGAGAAACUCAGAAAAGCAGAGAACUUUAUUCUCUCCUCUAACCUCUCAACUUCUGCUGGAUCUCUCCAGCAGACGGAAGAUCUUCUUCGGAGAGAUUCUUAGGGGACCGAACGAUCUAUCGAUCAAGGCUUCUCGGGCAAACAGGUUUUUAAUUGUCAAGAACUCUGUCUUCUUUCUAUGUUACUGAAGCUGAGGAUGACUUUUUAGAAGUGCAGAAAUGGACCACGACAAGACAGGAUGCCAAAGCCCACCCGAGGGUCCCAAGCUAUGCAUCAACAACUGCGGUUUCUUCGGAAGCGCUGCCACAAUGAACAUGUGUUCCAAGUGCCACAAGACUAUCUUGUUUCAACAGGAACAGGGGGCCAAGCUUGCAUCUGCAGUGUCUGGAUCACCCAGCAACAUCCUAAAGGAAACCUUCACUGCUGCUUUGGUUGAUGCUGAAACCAAAUCCAUCGAGCCUGUGGCUGUCUCUGUACAAGCUGUUGCAGAGGUAGUAGCACCAGAAGAAGCUGCAGCAAAACCUAAGGAAGGGCCCAGCCGAUGCACUACUUGCAACAAGCGGGUUGGUUUGACUGGAUUCAAAUGUCGCUGUGGUGACCUCUUCUGUGGUACGCACCGCUAUGCAGACGUGCACAACUGCUCUUUCGAUUACCAUGUUGCUGCGCAAGAAGCUAUAGCCAAAGCAAACCCGGUUGUGAAGGCAGAUAAGCUUGACAAGAUCUGAAACUCAGAAACUCUGUUUCCUUCUUCAUGUCCGUGUCUGGUUCAAGCGUGUGUUGAUCUGUAGCUUCUUCCGUUCUCUCUGCCAGUAUCUGUGGUGUGAAAACUUUCUAUAUUAUCUUGUGUUUGCAAGCAGAGAAGUGUGCUCUUAAAUAUAUAUAUAUGCUUUGAUGUGUUUCUCUUUUUUUUUUUAAUAUUAUUUAUGAGCACUAUGGUUUGGUUAUGUUUACUCCUUUGGGUCUGUAUCAUAUUGAGAUUGUAACUUUAGCUAUAUGAAGAUUUUUCUUAAAAGCUUA